AUGACACUUGACCUUGCUACAUGCAACGCAAUAAAAGAUGAGGGAGGAGGCGGCGCUGGCGCCCAGGCCGGCGGGCAGGGGCGAGCCCGAGCCGGCGGCAGGCCGGGAACGGGCCUGUGCCCGCGGGCAGUUAGCAGCGGGCGGCGCCCGCCCGGCCCGGCCGGGGGAGAGCGGAGCGGCACUGCCUCUGUCCUUCAAACUGGCAGCAGCUCCCUGGGAGCCAGUGAAUUAUCUUCUCAGAAGAAAUUUGAUGAAAUUAAGAAGGCUAAUCAAGCAGCAGCAAAAAAGUUUGUUGAAGACCAGUUUAGUUCCUCUUCUGAAGAAGAUGAAGAUAUCGAAGGAAAACAUGUAAAAAUAUUGGCCAAAACAUUCACAACUUAUACUAAUCAAACUGAUGGUGAUACAAGUGAACUAGAACGUACAAGACAAUAUGUGAACGAAGCAUUUCAGUCUGGGGCUUUGACAUGCUUGAUUUGCAUUGCUUCAGUUAAGAGAAACCAAGCUGUCUGGAGCUGUUCUGGCUGUUUCUGUAUAUUUCACAUGCCAUGUAUCCAAAAGUGGGCUAAGGACAGCCUUUUUCUUAUAUCUUCUCCCUUGACAGAUGAUGAUUUUGGGAAGACAGAUUAUCCAUGGCCUUGUCCAAAAUGUAGGUUUGAGUACAAACGAUCUGAAACUCCCACUAGAUACUACUGCUACUGUGGGAAGGUAGAAGAUCCAGAGUUGGACCCAUGGCUGGUACCUCACUCAUGUGGCCAAGUAUGUGAGAGGGAAUUUAAACCUCCAUGUGGGCAUAAAUGCCUACUGCUCUGUCACCCGGGUCCUUGUCCUCCUUGCCCAAAGAUGGUCGCAAUAGCCUGUUACUGUAAGAAGGCUAAACCAGUUCCGCGAAGGUGCAGUACCAAAGAAUGGUCAUGUCAGCUGCCAUGUGGUCGAAAACUGCCAUGUGGACAGCACAAUUGUGAGAAUCCUUGUCACCCAGGAAAUUGUCAGUCUUGCCCACGAGUCAGUAAACAAAGGUGUGUCUGUGGUAGACAAAUAGCAGAAAGACUUUGUGCAAGUCCAUUUUGGCAGUGUGAGCAGGUGUGUGGGAGAACUUUGCCUUGUGGUAAUCAUACAUGUGAACAAAUUUGUCACUCUGGUCCCUGUGGAGAAUGUCCUCGAUCUGGGAAAAGACCCUGUCCAUGUGGGAAAUCAAUGUUUUUUUUGCCUUGUACGGAAGAUGUACCUACUUGUGGAGAUAGUUGUGACAAAGUUCUUGAAUGUGGAAUCCAUAGGUGUUCGCAGCGUUGUCAUCGAGGUCCCUGUGAAAUUUGUAGACAG